AUGCUAAUCAACUACAAAAAGUUUGCUGUUCUCAUGCAUCUUAAAGGGGCCUGUGCCAAAAGAUGGCGAAAACACCAUGUCUUUCACCGUGAAGGUGGUCAGUUCUUGCGCAUCCGAGUGGGUGAAGCCAUUGCUUUUCUGCCCAUCAAAACUAUUCAUAAGUACUUGGGGAUUGUCUUGUCUUAUCAGGCAUAUGAAAAAGCCACGGUCCUGCAUCGGUUGGCACAGAGCAAGGCUGCGUACCACCGCCUCAGGCCUGUCUUGACGUCCAAGAGUACCUUGAAUCAGCGAGAGCGCUUGAGAGUAUGGCAGGUCUGUGUUCUGUCGUGCCUGCGUUAUGGACUGGACUCUAUUCCCUUGACACAAGGCCUGCUUAAGCUAAUCCAAGUUCAGUGUGCCAGACAGAUCCGUGCUAUCACCCGCUCGCCGGUUCACUUGAGUAGAGAACCCACUGCGAGGCUGUAUGCCCGGCUGCAUAUUCCCACUGAGCUCGCACAUCUCCGUGGUAUCCAGGCCAAACAGCUGCCUGAGGCUCAGAGCCGACAAGUUCAAUGUGAGUCGUUCUGCCUAGAACAGAUGGACUGGCUCAUGAAGGUCAAUGCUGCAUAUGAACAAUUGCAGGAACCUCUUCCACCGGUUGCGAGCACUGUGCCUGACUCCGCUUCUGCCUCCACCACAGCACUCGUUCCCCUACCGUUGGCCACGAGAGGACAGGGAUGUCCAGUGUGCGGUCUCUACUUCAAAGAUAAGACGGGUGUGAAAAUCCACAUGACCAGAAAACACCUGGACUCUCAGGAGGUGCCCAAACCGUUGUGCGAGCAGAGUCGUUGUGGCGUGGAUGGCAUGCCAACAUGUGCUGCGUGUCGUCGGCCUUUCUCCUCGUGGGGUGCCCUGAAGCAACAUGUGCUUGGUGGCCACUGUAGGCUGCCCAUGCCGGAGCAGACUCCCUUGGACAAUCUGGAGCGUGCACUGCACUUCUGCCCGUUGUGCAACCAGUGGUGUGUGAAUCCCAGUGGGGUCAAGGAGAUGGAAGCCUUCUUUGGCAACUUCCGGCAGGGGACUGUGCCGAUGGAGGACUCCGAGAAUCCCUUCAAACGUCGCCGCGAGAUGGAGGAGGAGGAGUCGAAGGCAUGGAGCUCCCAGAAGCCCAAGAGCAAGGGCAAGGGCAAGGGGCGUGGGAAAAAUGGUGGCAGGAGAGAACAGAUGGACACUUCCGGAGGGCAAUGCCUGGCGGGAUCACUACGGCAGAUGGCACGGCUGAUCCUGAGGCACGAGGAUCAACUGAGUCUCCAACGUCAAGACUCGGUUCUCCAUCUGUGGCUGAGAAACACUGGCGAGGAACCCAUUGUGGGGAUGCUGUGGGAGGUGUCCAAAAAGUGGAAGAAGAUGCGAGACACCACGCCAGCUCAACUUCAGGCAUCGUUGAGGGCUACGAUGAUGGCUGGCAUGUUGAAGGCCCUGAAGGACCGUCUCCACCAGGUAUCUACAGACGAGAAGCUGCUGGAGAAUGCGAAAAAUGUGCAACUCCUGGAUGCGCAGGGUCACUGGGUGUACCAAGUCUGGGACCACGAGCUGGAGAGGCUUCAAGUGGACGCCAGUCGCACACCCCUGAAAACAGAGGAGAUUCAACAGCUGCUUACGGUCUGCGAGAGGGCCAACGAGAGUCCGGUGCUGUAUCGCUUCCAUGCGAAGGCCGAGUACAGCUUCUCGGAGUUCGUGCACUUCGAAAUAGAAGUGGGUCACCGGGGUCAGGAGGCAGCGGACCUGUGUCGAAGCCUGAAGGUGCUGUGCCAGUGUUCGGUUUUGCAGAUCAUAGGUGCUCGUCUUCGCAAAGACAAACCGGGACG